GGAAGUACUGGUCAGCUGACAGCUUCGUGAUUCAGAGAAGAAACAAAGUCCAGUCAUUGCAUGUUUUUGCUGUUUUAUGUUGUAGAAUUGAAUAAUGGCUGGGCGAGGUAAAUUAAUUGCCGUCAUUGGUGAUGAAGAUACGUGUACUGGGUUCCUACUCGGUGGCAUUGGCGAGCUGAAUAAAAAUCGUAAACCGAAUUUCUUGGUGGUCGAGAAGGAGACAAGCAUCGCAGAGAUAGAGGAGACCUUCAAGAGUUUCCUGACCCGCAAUGACAUCGGAAUCAUCCUGAUCAACCAGUUCAUAGCAGAGAUGAUCCGUCACGCCAUCGACCAGCACAUGGAGUCCAUCCCUGCAGUGCUGGAGAUCCCCUCCAAGGAGCACCCGUACGACGCCUCCAAGGACUCCAUCCUACGCAGGGCUAAGGGCAUGUUCUCCGCUGAGGACUUCCGAUAAACACACAACACGUACCCAAAGAUGCAUAGCCAUGGUCUGGGCAGGGACAGAGAUGGAGGAGGGGGACUUUGGAGACUUUCAUGAUCCUAAAUGUGUUAUCUUGCGUAAUGCCAUGGAAGGCUGUAAAGUAUGAAUUGGCCUGAUGGCAGUUUCAUGUGUUAUCCAUAUUGAAUGAGUCCAUAUGUGGUCCCUACAGUCCCACUCUCAUCUCUUGCAGGGUCCUGCUCCAUCCAUCUGGCAAUGCACUUUCUCCAGACCCAAUGUUGAAUUGUUUGUUGUAAUAUUUAGUUUUUCAUUCCUUUGCCUGGAACAUUAUGGUAUUACUAUUAAUUGACCACAUUGAUGGUUGGAUUGUUUUAUUGUCUAUGCCUUUCCGGGUUAUUCAUCUUGUAUUAGAUUUUACGCAGGUACUGUAUCUUGUAGUGGUCUCAUCCAGUCUGUUUUUCAAAUGCUUGCUUCAUUUUGUCAUAUCCUUGGGGAGAGUGUGCUUGCAUAAGACAUCUCAGCAAAUAAUUGUGGAUAGUCAUUAUUCAGAGCAUGCAUGUGACAAUGACUGUUUUAACUUCACAUUUGUAAUUUAUGGAAACAAGCCCUAUGCCCCUAUGUGUAUCUUUAAAAAGAAUUGUAAAGUAGCAUUUCAUCAUCUGGUGAAAUGUACCCUGUGGAUUGGAGAAUAGUAUUGUACAUCUCAUUAACAGAAAAUCCACACAGAAAAAUCCACAGCUUGAAAAAACGGUAUGUUGAGCACUGCAAAAUGACUACCUGUCGUAAUGUUUUGCGAUUGUGACAGUUUUAACUUAUACCUGUAAAAAAAAGAAAUGAAUGUUUAAGAAAAUAAAUUAUUCUAUCCAA